AUGAGGUUAACGGUUGGAACAUCUACAGCUGAUGUUGAUGAAAUAAAUACUUUUGGCAAAUGGCUUUUGGAUUUGGGUGAAGGUAACGUUGGUGGUCCAAAUGAUGGAGAAGCAACUAUUGAAAUACCACAAGAUCUUUUGAUUACUGAUGCAUCUGAUCCAAUUGCAAGUUUAAUUGAUUUUGUUUAUCCAUCAAUCCUGAAAAACGUAGACGCCCAUAACUAUUUCAGUGACCGGGCUAUACUUGCACCGAAAAAUGAUGUUGUUCAUGAGAUUAAUGACAGGUUGCUAGCAAUGUUUCCUGGUGAAGAAAAAGAGUAUCUUAGCUCUGACAGUCUUUGUCCGUCUGAAGAUGUAAAUUCUACACAACAAAGACUUUACUCUCCGGAUGUGCUCAAUGGUCUUAAAAUAUCAGGCCUACCAAAUCAUAGGUUAGUCCUUAAAGUUGGUGUUCCAGUGAUGUUAUUAAGAAAUAUUGAUCAACGGAAUGGAUUGUGCAACGGUACAAGGCUACAAGUAAAAAAGCUGCACAACCGUGUAAUAGAAGCGGAGAUAAUAUCUGGUUCAAAUAUUGGUACUUGCACAUAUAUUCCUCGAUUAAACUUGAUACCUUCUGAUAAAAAGAUUCAUUUUGCUUUUUAA